AGUCCAAAUGCGGAUUAUUUAUUAAGUAACAAAAAGCUUUGAUCUCCGUCACGGGAAGUCCACAUUUUAUGGGCCAUCGUCAUUUCUCAGGAACGUCUCUGCUCUGAACUUUGAACCAGCAUGAGGACACUUCUACAGAACAGAGGACAUGUAAAGAAAAAUAACAUUCCAGAGAAGAGCUGCUUAACUGAAUCUCCUGUUCCUAACAGCUUUUUCAUGGCCAACUUCUAUGGUCCAGAACCAUCUCUGACCCAGCUGACUCUGCUGUUACUGGGUGAGAAACAAAGCGGGAAGAGCUCGGUGGGAAACAACAUUCUGGGUGGAAUGGUCUUUGGAGGGAACACGACUCGAAGCACCAAGAAAACUGGAAUCGUCUUUGGGCGACAGGUGACUGUGGUCGACACCCCAGGUUGGUCGACCCGCGCUCCCGUUCAAGACCAGGUUUCCUGGGAGCUCUCCAGAGGUCUGGACCUGUGUCGCCCGGGACCUCAUGCCAUCCUGCUGGUGCUGCCCGCCCACCAACCCUUCAGCCAGGUGGAGUGGAGGGCCAUGGAGUUCCAUCUCAGACUGCAGCAGGUUCCCCUCUGGCACCGGACCAUAGUCCUGUUCACCCAUGUAGACAAGCUCGACGAACCCAUCCAAAGGCACAUCUGGAGACAGGGCAGGACUCUACAGUGGCUGCUGGACAGAUGUGGAGGCCGCUACCACAUCAUGAGCAGCUACUCCAGUGAGUCACAGUUUCAGGUCACAGAGCUUCUCAAGAUGAUCCAGAAGAUGUUGCCAUCUGCAGUGUCCCCCACGGAGAUCCAACGCACCCAUCCAGGAAGUGAUGUAAGCAGGAGGUGGGAACAAAGAUGGUACACAAAACAAGAAGGGAUAGAGAUGAUGGGAAUAAACCACAUGCAUGAUGGAAAUCCCAGACAAACCCCAAUAAAGGCCUGGGGAUGGUCUUCCACACCAACAGGAUUGGGUGCAGAUCUGGUUCAUGGGAGACCUGCCAUCAGCCUUAUCCUGCUUGGAAGGAGAAGGUCGGGAAAGAGCUCUGUAGGCAACAUGAUCCUGGACAAACAAGAGUUUCGGAGCAACAUUAAAACCGCCACAUGCUCCUCAGGCCACGCUCAACUUUCGCGCUGGUCUGUGACGGUGGUGGACACCCCCGGAUGGAGUCUGUUUGGUCUUGCUAAUCCUGAAACUGUCCGGGAGGAGCUGGUUCGGAGUCCCUCCUUGUGUUCUAGGAGAAGUAAGAUGGUAUUUGGGCUGGCCAUACCCUUAGACUCCUUCAAAGAGAAGAACAGGGCCACUGUGGAGAAGUAUCUCAGCGUGUUGGGGGCCAACGUUUGGAACAGAACUGUGGUGCUGUUCACCUAUGGACACAUUCUAAGAGGGAGGACAAUUGACAGAUACAUCAAGGAGAAAGGAGAGCCUCUCCAGUGGAUUUUGGACAGAUGUGGUCACCGUUAUCUUGUGUUCGAUACUAAAACAGGAGACAAAUCUCAUGUAAAUGCACUCAUGGAAAUAGUGGAUAUGUUAUGAAUCUGCAAGCCUUUUUUCCAUCCUUUUCCAACACCUAAGCUGGUGUUUUCAUUCAGGUGUGAAAGGAAAGUUUGCCUUACAGUAUAUAUUUUCCACACAGCUUUCAGUUGUCUAUGUUGGAAGAAGAUGUUUAUGUUGAUAAGACAACGACUCCAUGAAUAUCUUGUUUGACCCCUUCAGCUUCAGCAUGACAGAAAGAAUCUGGAUUACAUUUGAGUUAGUUUUGUCCCCCGAGUUCUCUGAUCUAAACUUAUGUUGAUGUAAAUCACCAAGUUGGAUCAAAUUUCAAACAAAAUCUGCUUCUAAACUGAAUCUAAUUCCCCAUCAGAUUUGAUUUACUUCAGUCUCCAAGUGCUUCUGUUAUUAUUUUCUAUAUUUUAUUGUUUUUGUUAUUAUUUUAUUAUUAUUAUUAUUAAACCUUCAAGCUUUUCCCAAAGUCUAAAUUCAUCUCUGAAAUAAAGUAAAGUUAUCAAUGUUUUUCCUUUCUAAUUCAUUUUUAAAUAAAUAAUUUUAGUAUUUUAGCCUGGAUUUGGAUUGUUGUAAAAACUGCUUAAAAAUCAGGUGUCAUACAUUAAAAAAGUGGUAUUUAGGGGGAUAUUGUUUUAUUUAUUGUAUCUUAGCGCACUUAUUAUCUGCUGUUGUAUUGAUUUUUUUUUUUAUCAUCUUUUGAGCUAAGAUAACAAACAAAUUCCCAUGUUGUGGAAUCAGUUAAACCUCCAUCUAUUGUGAAAGUAUUACAUUUUGGGGGGUUUCUAUCUAACCUCUUUGGUUUGUGUUGACUGAUCAAAACCAUUUUGGUUUUUAUAGGUGAACUUGUCUGAAAUUGAACAGACUGAACAAAAACGACUGUUAUUGGAUUUUUUACAAUGAACAUUAGCUACCCCCAAAGGGAUGAUCUUAAGGAAUAAUACCACCAAACUAUCUGGUAUCU